CAGAAAUAAAGGAAGAGCAGAAUUUGGUUUGCAUACUUUUAUAUUAGCAUUUUGAAUGGCUAAAGCUAAGGAACCGGUAAAUUCAGGUCCUUUUGCCCGGAGGCCUGAUAAUUCAGCCUUCAAACAGCAGAGGCUGCCAGCCUGGUCUCCGUCCCUGACACCUCAAACCGUGCUGCCUAUCUUCUACUGCCUCUCCCUCGUAUGUGUGCUGCUCGGAGUCUGGCUCCUCAUUACAGUACAGAGCACAAACCAGCUGAAGGUUGACUACACAGAAGCUGGAUCAUGUGAUCAUUGCCUUGAGAUGCGCAAGGAUCCCACCAACGCCAAGACAGUAUGCGAAUGUGUCGUCAACUUCAACCUCCCAAAGACUUUCCUGGGGGACGUUUUUUUCUACUACGGCCUGAUUAAUUUCCAUCAGAACCUGCGCAGGUACAUGGACUCCCGCGACGAUGCCCAGCUGGUUGGGAGGAAGAAAAGACUGAAGUCCCCCAGUUCGUACUGCGAGCCGUUCGAUUACAACGAGCACAGUGUGCCUAUCGCUCCCUGUGGUGCGGUGGCAAAUAGCAUGUUCAACGAUUCGUUUACCGUGGUGUAUCAUCCAACUGAUGGUGCUCAGGAGCUUGUUCCACUCAUCAGGAAGGGCAUCACCUGGUACACAGACAAAAACGUCAAGUUCCACAACCCCAAGAUAAACACAACACUCCAGCAGGCCUUUGAAGGUACUGCCCAGCCAUUGUUCUGGCAACGACCAGUAUAUGAACUGGACUUUAUUGAUCCCAACAACAAAGGCUUCAUAAAUGAUGAUCUGAUCGUGUGGAUGAGAGAGGCAGCCUUCCCAAACUUUAAAAAGCUCUACGGCAUUUUGAACCGUGCCCACACUCCCUUCUCACAUGGCCUGUCUGCUGGAAACUACAGUGUCCAGAUCAACUACAAUUAUCCUGUUCAGUACUUCAAGGGCAGAAAGGAAGUGGUGAUUUCUACAGUGACCUGGUUCGGUGGACACAACCCGUUCUUGCCCAUUGCUUACCUGGUCAGUGGUGGGCUAAUCUUUAUUGCAUCCAUUGUUCUUACUGUGGUGUAUGUGAAGGUGGGUCGAUAUGGUAAGAACAUGGAAGAGUAAGAGAACUGGAGCACUGAAGCAAAAGGAUGCAAAGUCAUGGUGAAUAAUAGAGUGUUAAAAUCAUUUCUGUAUGACUCUGGGAUGCAAAUUACAUUAAAGGUAACGUCAGUUAAUUUUGAAGAAAAAAAAUACACCUUUAUACUGUAGGUAAGGUUAAAACAUCUGGAGAUUUGUACAUAACAGAAUUCUUGAAAUAGUUCGAUCAAAACAUAAGACUUGUUAAAGACUCACAAAAGUCCCACACUCCACCCAGUUUUACUGCUUAAAAUCACAAGCUGCCAGAGUUUUAGAUAGUCUUGUAUCAUUCUUUAGGACCAGAUAGGAAUGUGUUUUACCUCAUUUUGAUUUGUUCAGUCUGUAACAAAAAAAAAAAGAACUCACAGGUUAGGGUAUUUAUUUUUGGAAUAUAAUUAUAAAUUUUUCUUUUACUGCAGAUGUUUACUUAUAUAAUAAAUCGGUAAAGUAGUGUACACUAUAUGGCUAAAAGUAUUUGGACAUCUGAUCAUCUUGUUGGACUUCCCAUUUCAAAACAAAUGGUAUUAAAAUAAAGUGACCUCUAUGUGAUCUUUCCAUUGAUAAAACUAGGUUUGGUGACGUCAUUUUCAGGCUGAUCAUGAUGCAUUUUGCCAAAGAGCAAAAAGCCUUGAAGCUUAAAGCUGAAUUAUGGCUUUAAUUUCUACUUCUCUCCAGCAGAGGUCAGCUGAAACAUGAACUCAAUAAGCCAGAUAAGGUCUCAGAAAAGAAAGGAACGUUCCUUUUGCUGGGCCUGUGGGAACUUAAUGCUGUAUCACUGUACUGUAUUUAAAAUAAUUAAAUGUUCUGGUUUAAUCACAUGCUGACAGCUGCUUUCAUUAAUAUUGUGUAAGAUUCAGUUUUAAACACAAGUGUGUUUGUUUGCAUUGGACUGUUCAAACCUAAUUGCAAAAACGUUUGGACAGUCUGGUAUUCAAUUUGAUUUAGAACACAGGUGAGAUCAUUUUACCCUAUUCAUUUUUGUAAAUACUUUAGUUUCUUUCAUCAACCGCUUAAUCCUGGUCAGGGUUGCAGUGGGUCCGCUUCCACCGGGAACCCCCCCCCCCUUCCUUUCUCAUCCAAUUAUGUCUGUGUGCAGCACUGCUGAGAUUCAAACCUACAAUAGGAAAGUUUGGAAAAAGUCACAUGUCAGGAGGAUCACAGGAUGUACCAGCAACACAUCAAUAUGGUUGUGGAAUUGCUAAAUCAGGCUGGCAUAAAUCCCUUGAAAUGGCUUUUACAAAAUCCUGACUAACUCAGUGAGAAAACUAAAUUACAUGUGCUGUUUAUUUAUAUUUUUUCAACCCAGCAGAUUUUGUCAUAGUUUAUAACCCAAAUAAACUGAUAAUCAUACUCGAAUUAUUAAACUUUGUGUAAUUAUUUAUUAUUUAUUAAAAGUUUGCAUAAACAUGGCUUGUAUACUUUCACAUAUCCUACAAUCUUUUCCAAAAGCCUUAAAGCUUUUCUGCAGGGAGGGCGUAUUAACUCAGUGGCAUGGCCAACAAAGUCCAGAUCUGAAUCUGAUUGAAAAUUUAUGGUGGAAAUAAAAAAAAAAGUUGGUCCAUGACAAAGCUGAUCUGUCAACAGCUAUUCAAGAAAGUUAGAACCAGCUUGGUGUAGAUUACUGUUUUUCAUUAGUGAAAGUCCAUGCCUCAAAGAAUUCAGGCCAUCAUAAAAGCCAGAGGAGAAGCAACAAAGUUCUAAAUGUUCUAUUGUUUAUGAUUCUACAGCUUUCUACAGGGAUUUAAUUAUUUUUUUCUUAUGCUUGAUCUGAAAAAAAAAUGCUGUUAUUUAAAAGAAUUAUAUUUAAUUUGUCUGAGGUAUGCAGAAUGUUCAGCCAUAAAACAAAAAAUAAUUGUGUCAUUUCUGUGAUUUUGUUUAUUUGCUAUGAAGUAAAAACUUCAGUGAA